UAUACUAAUAAUAAUAAUAAUAAUUAAAAUUUGAAGAUGGUGUUGAGAAACUUACGAGGAGCUAGUAAGCUCAGUAUUUAUUUUAUUAUUUGUUUUUCUCUAUGGAAUUCAAGUGACGCCGCUCGAGGAUUUAAACGUAAUUUUAGAAACGGAUACGCUGAAUUUGGAGUUAGUAGAAAUCUAAAGAGCGGAGGUCUCUUUCCAUCGACUUUCAACGUUGCGACAAAAGCCGAAAUUUACGCUAAUGCUACUUGCGGAGAAGAUGGCCCCGAGACCUUUUGCAAGCCAUCAGAUUCUUCUAGGUGCGCUGUUUGUGACUCGAGGAGUCCUGAUUUGUAUAAACGGCAUAAUAUCACAAAUGUCCUGAAUCCUGAUCCGACCAAAUGGUGGCAAAGCCCAACGCUGGCUCGAGAUAGCCGAUACGAAUUUGUCACUAUUAUUUUGGACUUGAAACAGGUUUAUCAAAUAGAAAAUGUUAUUGUAAAGGCGGCAAAUUCACCGCGACCGGCUGCGUGGGUGCUAGAGAGGUCGCUCGAUGGGGAGGAAUUCAAGCCCUGGCAAUAUUAUGCCCCGAGUGAUGAAGAGUGCUGGACGAGGUACUCGAUUCCGCCUGUCACAAAACCCAUUUACAACGCUGAUGAUGAGGUCAUAUGUACGAGUAUGUACUCACGGCAGACGCCGAUGGAGAGUGGAGAGAUCCACACGCAUUUACUGAACGGACGUCCAGGAGCCCAGAACCACAGUCAAGAGCUCGAAGAAUUCACGCAGGCACGAUUCGUAAGAUUGAGGUUGCAGGGGCUUCAACGAGGUGGUGGUGCGGUUGCCGACAAACGCCGUGCAUUUUAUUCCAUAAAAGAAAUAAGCAUAGGUGGACGUUGCUUGUGCUCAGGUCACGCUUCACGGUGUCGUUACAGUGUUCGCCACGGGCAUCAAGAGUGCGAAUGCGAGCGACAUACCUGCGGUGAGAGAUGCGAAAAGUGUUGCCCAAUGUACAACCAGGCGCCUUGGAAGCCCGGUAUAUCGGUAAAAGGAUUUUACUGCGAAAAGUGUAAUUGCAAUGGUCACGCAAGUUCAUGCCGAUAUGAUCCGGAGAUCGCUGAUAAGCGCAUGUCUAUGGACAUAAGGGGAAAAUACCGUGGUGGCGGCGUUUGUAUAAACUGCACGGAUCACACAACGGGUAUCAACUGCGAGAGAUGUCAAGUUGGUUAUUAUCGACCAAACGGUGUUUUACCUAAUGACCCUAGUCCGUGUGUUCCAUGUGAUCACUGUAACAUGAGAGGCAGCAUUGGUUUUUGUACUCCAGAUGACACUUAUGUUGGCAAGGUAGCAGGUGCCUGUGAAUGCAAACCAGGAUUUUCAGGCUACAAAUGCGACCAAUGUGCUGCGGGGUACCGGCAAUUUCCCGAUUGCAUGCCAUGCCCAUGCGACUCGCGCGGAAUAUUGCCUUCGCACGACUGCGAAGGCGACUGUCUUUGCAAAGCGAACGUGGCUGGAGAUUUCUGCGACCGAUGCAAACCCGGUUAUUUCGCGCUGACACGUGACAAUAUCGAAGGAUGCUUGCAAUGCGACUGCUUCGGCGUUACCGAUCAGUGCACCGCAGCCACGCUUGUUUAUCAAUCGAUUUCUACACUGAAUGAUUGGCGCGUGACAGACAUAAACGCUUCGAGGGCAGUGAUACCAACGAUAGACCCGGACAACGGGUGGUUAGUCCUUGCGUCCUUCGAAGUCGAGUACCAGAGUCCAUUUUGGUUCGCUCCGAAAAUUUACACCGGCAAUCGUUUGUCUUCCUACGGAAGUAACCUCACCUACUCGACAACCUGGAUAGUUAUGCGAGGUGACAGCAGCGGUAAACCGACCAUCGAGCCCAACGUCAUUCUUGUGGGGAAAAACGGAAUGCGGAUUGCGUACGGAGAAGAACAGUACAAAGGACAAGAGGCCGAAAUAUCGGUACCGCUUCAAGAACAGGGCUGGUACCACGUUCACAGCGAGGUACAGGAUAUUCCGACCAGACUCCGGAGGACUGAGUACAAAGGUGACCCUGUUACCCGCUCGCAGAUGCUCAAAGUUUUGGCUGAUAUCAAAUACCUGAUGAUACGCGCCCAGUAUCAUUCGGAGCAAGUCGAAGCGAGCUUGCAGUCUGUCGUUCUGCCCAUCGGGGACCGCACUGAUGAUGGAAUGGAAACUCUAGCGGAACACUGCAAGUGUCCGGAAGGAUACGCCGGACUAUCGUGUGAAAACUGCGCUUGGGGAUACGUUAAAGUUAUCGUCAAUGGAAGCGAUCACCAGGAUCAUCACAUCUGCGUAAAAUGCGACUGCUACAACCAUGCUGGCUCCUGCGAUCUUGUUAUGGGCGAAUGUAAUAUGUGCGAACAUCAUACUACAGGACCAAAAUGUGACCGCUGUAUGACAGGUUACUACGGAGACGCAACUCGAGGUACUCCGAAUGACUGUAAAAAGUGCGCUUGUCCUCUAACAGAAGCUUCUAAUCAAUUCAGCCCCAAUUGUCAGCUGGACGACCCUAAAAAACCAGAGGGCAAUUAUGUGUGUACGCAAUGUCCGGUCGGGUAUACUGGAGAUCACUGCGAAAGCUGCGAUAUUGGAUACUUUGGUGAUCCGACGAAACUUGGAGGCACGUGUGAGCUUUGUCCUUGCAACGGCGGCACAUGUGAUCAGGAAACAGGGCAUUGUUUGGAGUGCCGCGGCAACACUGAGGGAUCCCGGUGCGACAAAUGUAAGGAAGCCCACUACGGCGAUCCUUUGGAGCAAAAUUGUUUACCUUGUGAUUGUGACAUAAUCGGGAGUAGUUCAAGUUUGUGUGACUUAGUAAGUGGGCAGUGUCUAUGCCGUCCAUUGUACACCGAUCGUGAUUGCUCAAAGUGCAUACAAGGGUACGGUAACGUCACCGCGGGUUGUCGCGAGUGUGAUUGUGAUAUUGGUGCCGCGGACGAUAAUUGUGACGCCGUAACGGGGUUGUGUAAGUGUCAAACGGGAGUUAUCGGCGAUCGUUGCGAUAAAUGUGCCCCAGAUCAUUACGGAUUAUCUAUGAACGGCUGUCAAGGAUGCCGAUGUAAUAUGAUUGGUUCUGUAUCUUCAGGAUGUGAUAUCGUGACGGGGCAAUGCAAAUGCAAGCAGAAUGUUGUGGGGAGACAGUGUCAUCAAUGUGAGAUAGGACACUGGGGUUUAUUGACCGGAACAGGAUGUACUGCAUGUAGCUGCCAUCCCGUAGGAUCGUACAAUAUCACAUGCGACCACAAUACAGGCCAUUGUUACUGCCGUCUCGGAAUCGGAGGUAAACACUGCGACAAUUGUCUCCCAGGCUACUACGGAUUCUCCGAAAACGGGUGUCAAGCUUGCGAGCCGUGUACGAAAGCAGGACACAUAUGUGAUCCAGAGACAGGCCGGUGUGCCUGCCCACGUCUGACCUGGGGCGAGCACUGCGACCGCUGCAGGCCCGACUCUUACGAACUGGUACCAGGUGUAGGCUGCAAGCCUUGCGCCUGUUCGCCGGGAUCGACAAAAUCUCAAUGCAAUUUAUCGGGACAAUGUCCGUGUCGUUCUGGGUUCGACGGGCUGCGCUGCGACCGGUGUGCGCCCGGUUAUUACGGUUACCCCAAAUGCAAACCGUGUAAUUGCGACCAAGGAGGUACUCUGCAAUGUCCCGAGGGGAUCUGUCAUUGCGAUCGUAAUGGACAAUGUCCAUGCAAGAAAAAUGUUUACGGAAGACGGUGUAAUAAGUGCGUGGAAGGCACUUUUGGUCUCUCGAAAGACAACACCGACGGCUGCACAGAGUGUUUCUGCUUCGGAAGAACCUCAAAGUGUCAACAGGCGAGUCUCAGUUGGGGCUCUCGGCAUCUCACGCACUCACGAACUCUACGCAUCGAUGAUUCUGUCAAUGAUGUCAUCGUUGCCAACUUCGGAUACUCAGUGGUUCUACCGACCUUGAAUGGCGGUCUAAAUCUGACGAACGGUCUAUCGAUUAUACCUGGUACUUCUGGUGAUGUAACGUUGCCGGCUAAUCUUUAUUACAAUUAUCCACUCUACUGGCAGCUUCCGCAAUCUUUUCUUGGUGACAAAAUUGUUUCCUACGACGGUUAUUUAAAAUUAAAAUUAUUCACUGAAGGCGGAGUACCAUUAAGAUCUAGUCUUCGUUAUCCACUAGUACAAAUCCAAGGCAAUAAUAAAAUAGUAUUAGAAUAUUACCAGCAAUUAACAUCGACCGAUGAUUAUUAUAAAAUACGAUUACACGAAUCACUUUGGCAAUUACAAAAUCGACCCGACUACAAAGUGUCUCGAGAAGUUCUGAUGGUUGCGUUGCAGAAUGUCCAGUCAAUAUUGGUGAAAGCUUCCGAUAACUCGGACUUUGAAGAAGCUAUAUUAUUAGAAGCUUCAAUGGAUGCAGCUGUAUUAAUACCCACGCACUCUCCGUCACUGGCAAUAGGCGUUGAAGUUUGUGAGUGUCCUGCUGAGUACAACAAUACAUCGUGUCAGGAUCCUAGUGUCGGUUAUUACCGGUGGUACAAUGCCAAUUUAACAACUACUACAUCGACAAGUGUUAUCGAAUUAAUAGGCCAAGCUAAGCGUUGUCAAUGCAGUGGCAGAUCAGAUGUAUGCGAUAUUGAAACCGGUUAUUGUCUAAAUUGUCGGGAAAAUACAGCCGGUGAAUAUUGCGAAAAAUGUGAAGAAAGUUUCUACGGAAACCCCGAUUACGAUGGAUGCAAAUCAUGCCCUUGUCCGCACACAGAUAAAAGAUUCGCGGUUGGUUGCAAAAUACGUAAAAAUGAAGAACCUGUGUGUCAUUGUAAGCCAGGAUACAGUGGUGUUAGAUGUGAAAAAUGUUCUUAUGGGUACUAUGGGUACCCUGAUAUCCCUGGUGGAGUUUGUAGCCCGUGUAACUGCAACCCAGCGGGAAGUGCCAGUGAUGAAUGCGACGAACAAACGGGACAAUGUAACUGCAGGCCUGGAUCUACUGGAAGAGAUUGUUCUCAGUGUACUGCCUCUCGUCAUGUGUUUAUUGAUAAUAUCUGCACAUCAUGUAACGACAAUUGCACAGGAAUAUUAUUAGAUGAGAUGUCAUUACUGUCAGAAUUAUUGAUAACCGAAACAACGCACAUCGCUAAUGGCUACAUACCACCACCAUGGGUCGAACUAACAUUCAUAGACGCCAACACAACUGAACUGUUUAAUAUAAUAAACGAGAAAAAAUCAUUACGACAGCGUAUGCACAAUAUCCCUUGGUCAGAAUACAAGAAAAUGCUCCACAAAGUCGAAUCAUUGUUCAAAAAUAUCGUUAACAUUAGCAGUAAAUCGUGGGAUUUAAAACCCAAGUGUGAAGAUGUAAAAAAUAAUAUCUUUAGCGCGAACGUGGAGAUUAAAAAUUUACGCGCUUUACUGGAAGCGACUACUAUGCAAUUAAAUAAUUAUGGCGAUAAUUUGAAGACAGUAGAAAUUAAGAAUGUACUCAGAGAAGCUGACUCAAUUCUUAAGUAUUUACGAAGUAUUGACUUUUCGCCGAAAUUAAAAGAGUGUCAUAAAAUAAAUGACGAUUCAAAAAAAUACAUUGGUGAAUCAAAAUCCCAUCUUGACGCUACCAAACCUUUUAAUUAUUUAAAGCAUAAUGUUACCAAGUACUUUAAAAAAAUAGAUGAUCUAAACUUAAAAAUAGACGAAACGAUGGACAAUCUUUUCGAAUACGAUAAUUUAUUCCGCGCUAUCAAUAAAAAUUACAGUAUUAUAAAAAAUCAGAAUGAUAACACCAUCAUCAUUGAUAAAGAUAUCACGGAGUUGAUUGAUGAGGGCAGUAAAUUGAACGAAGAGGCCGAAGGUUUUAUUGUUGACAGCCAAAACAACUUUCAAGACUUUCCUGAAUUAAAAAGCAAGUUGGACCAAUGGUCCGAGAAGUUGGACAUUAAAGAAGAAAUAUUGUAUCGUCUUAACUAUGAGUAUCAAGAAAAAUACGUUGCUAAAGCGGCUGAACACGCAAGAAAUUUGUCUGAUUAUGUUGACCAAUAUGUUGCAUUGUUCGAUAGAACACGGAAUGAUGCAGCAAACCCACUUAAAGCGAGUCAAGUCUAUAAAAACAUUCUUGAUUAUUUGUCAAUUGCAAAAAUGUCUGCGUCCUUGGCUAAAGAUGCUGCUUGGAAUGUUUAUUACAAAGUGUUUCCGGAAGGUCCUCAAGGCAAAUCAUUAUUAGACAGCGCCGCAGAAAUGUCAGAAAAAUCAACCUCCCAGUUAGAGGAAGCCCAAGAACUCCGUGGUUCACUCGGUUUCUCAAAAACCCAGCUAGAUGCGCAAAAACAAAUUGUCGUGGACAUAAAGGACUCUUUGAACAGCACCGGAGUGAAAGACAAUCAGAUAAACAUAAAGCUCCGCGAGCUGCAGACUGAGAGCAACAAGCUCCAGGAACGUCUUGUUGAAAUAAAAUCCGAGCACAGAAAGCUAAUCGAGACAAUCAGUGAGUCUGAAAAACUGAUUAACGACUACAAAGAAGGUCUUGCGAACGACCUUUACCCGCAACUUCACGAGCUGAAGCGUGAGGGCGACUCCAAGAUCAGCUUGGCCAGUGAGAAGCUAACCGAGGCGCAGUCGAAUAUUAAAAAAGCUGACGCUAAACUUAUUAGUCUCGCUCAUGCUUCUACCAAACGGCAACACGAAUUCAACAAAUGGAACACUACCCUCGCUAGCAAAUUAAAAGACUUGAAAGCCAAGAUCACAGAAGCCCGCAAUACCGCAGAUGGUAUCCGCAUAUCUCUCAAGCCCGCUGAAAGUAAAAAAUGCACUCGUUCGUACCGACCGGCGAAUCUGCAGCCUUCGACUACCACCUCCAUCGUGAUAACCUUCGCAGUGACCCACCACCGCAAAGAUGGCCUUCUUUUCUACUUGCCCAGUUCUCAAAACGACGACUUUAUCGCUCUUGAGCUCUACGACAGCAAAGUUCGGUUCCUCUGGAACGUAGGUGGCGACACUGGUGUCUUAGUCCACCCCGAAGUUCUUGAAAGUGGAGACCCGCAAGAUGACAAUAAUUGGUACCGCAUCGAAGCCGACCGAAUUCGUCACACCGGAAAACUAAGCGUUCGCAAACAAAUUUCCACUAGCGGAAAAUUCUUGCCCGUUAUCAACUCAACUAACCCCGAAUUUGGACGACUAGAUGUCGGCAGAAGCGACCGCGUGUGGCUCGGAGGCGUUCCACCAGGAACACAAAGACAUUCUGCAGAACUGCUUUCAAAAAACGGCCUGCCAGGAUGCGUCCAUCAGGUGAUUUUCGACGGAAAACCUCUCGGCUUGUGGAACUUCAUCACAACUGCACCCGACAAGGCUUGCAAGGCUUGUGUGGAAGGCGUCGAAACAAUCCGCGACGACUUCGCGUACAGUUUCAACGGUGAAGGUUACGCGGUGAGGAACCGCGUUAAUUCUGGUCCCUACAGCAAGUACACAUUCGGUGUUUCUUUGAACUUCCGCACUUACGACGAAAAUGCUCUGCUUUUCCUGACAGUAAACCCUUCGACGGAGCAGUUCAUAAUGAUAUUCCUGCGUGAGGGCCGAGUUAUUCUGCAAAUCGGGUAUGGAAACAAUAUCUCCAUGGAGAUGUCCUCUUCCUACCGAUACAACACCGGUAACUGGACGAAAGUAGACGCUUUCAGACAGUACCAGCCGAGGAAGAACAUCGAGAAGUGCAGUUUGAGCCUCGGUGACGGCGACAACGACAAACGAAUCGGAGCCCCGACACCCCAGCCCAAGAAAGACGACAUUCCAGAUUUGUCGCAAGCCAAGUAUUAUAUUGGAGGCGUUCCACCUAGUUUCAAGGCUCUUUCUCAGCUUGAAUUGCCCAGAGAAGUCUCCUUUUUGGGGUGCAUGGCGAACAUAAUCAUUCAAGACGGCUACGACCCCAUGGCCGAGCAAUACUAUGGUGUCGAGCCGACUUGUGGUAACAAAGCGCUGAAAAUCGUCGGGUUCUACGGCGACGGGUACCUGGAGCAUCGCUCAUGGCCGCUCAAGAAAAUACACUCAGCAGUUAGCUUCUCCUUCAGGACAAUGCAACCUGACGCCGCUUUGCUGCUGUCGACCUUCCAGGGCCAGGAAGACCGGUUUAACAUCAUCAAUGAUAAUGAAGAUGUUAAUAAAAAUAUCUACUACUCUGUCGCAAUUGUCGAGGGACACGUCCAAGUGAGAGUCAAUGCUGGAAAAGGCGAAGUUGUUCUCCAGUCUAAUAACACAUACAACGACGGAAAGUACCACGCAGUUUCAUUUAUCAAGAGGAGAAAGGAAAUCGAGCUGAGAAUCGACGACGCGUAUCAAGGAAGCGGCAAACUUCCUUCUGGCGCUGCUGUAAGAGCUCGCGAUUUCGGCGGACUGUUUUUCGGAGGACUUCCCGCGCUGAUUAACAACACCGAAAUGAUUGGCUCGAGCAUUCCGCUGUAUGGAGCGAUAAAGGACGCGGUUUUCAAUGACGAGGUCGUGAGAUUCGACGAAGCGGUCGCGUUUGACCACGCAUUACUGGGAAGGGCUGGUCCGGUGAUGGGAAAGGACCCUCCUAGUUACACCCCCUCAGCUUCGCUGUCUCGGGGGCUGAAUACACAGCCCGAGGGCUGUCAGAAGGUUCCUUACUACUCGCUGGAACCCGGAGCGCUCAAGUUCGGGGACAAGUCACACAGCCACACUCAGCUGUACUUGAAUUUCAAGAAGUUCUGGGAGAAAAGAUAUGUAAUUGAGUUUGACUUCAGGACUUACUAUCCGAAUGGGCUACUGUUUAUCACUCCGGGGAUCAAGAGGAAGCAGUAUUUGAUGGUGAUUGUCAAAGAUGGGCAGCUGAUGCUGGCAAUGAAGAGCAAGAUGAAGAAAGAAAUUGUUUUCAAGAGUCCGUUUAACGACGGAAACUGGCACCACGUUGUCAUUAAUCAUGACGAGCGAAAGUUGACGCUGGUCGUUGACUCCCAGACGCCCAGAAUGAUCAAGGUGCCCAAAAAGAUCGGCUUGGAGACUAUGAUGUACAUUGGGGGGCUGCCUGAAAGCGGAACGCCGUUCCCAGAUCAGGUUGUAGGCAAACUGGAAACACUCAAGGGGUGUAUCAGAGGGCUUAGGGUUAAUGGAAAUAUUUAUGACAUGGUGGGCUCCACGAGCAGGCCUUUCAAUGUCGGACAAUGCUUUCCGAGUGUUGAAAGCGGAGCUUACUUUCAGGAUGAAGCUUACGCUAUUUACAAGAGGAAUUUUGAGUUGAAUUCUUUAUUGGAGUUACAACUAGAAUUUAGAACAUCGGAAUUGUCAGGUGUACUGUUAUCAAUAACUGCGUUCGAUGGCUCGCCUUCAAUGUCCCUGGAACUGCACAACGGAAAAGUCAUAAUGUCCGCGGAUCUAGGUGAUAAGAGUCCUCUGUAUGUGGAACAAAGUUUUCCGAGUCCCUAUGCAAUUUGCGAUAACAGGUGGCACAGGAUACAAGCUGUUUAUAACGAUGAUGAGUUGACGUUGAAAGUUGAUGACUUAGAUCAAAAGUACGGAUUGCCGGCGACUAUCAAUGAACACUUUAUGAUUUCCACUGCGUCUAGUCCUUUGUAUAUUGGUGGAUUGCCAGCAUCAGCUCCAAAAGGGACAUUAAUGAGUCGCGACCAUUUUAACGGUUGCAUAAGAAACGUUAUGAUUGGUGGAGAAAGAAGAGAUUGGACUGAUAUGGCCGAGUUACACAAUAUUCACUUAAGUUCAUGUCCUAUUCAAUAAAGUUUAUUUUUAAAUUUAUAGAAUAAAUAAAUAUAUAAAUAGAUAUUUAUUUAUACAUAUAAAGUUAAAAAUAAUUUUUAAUUUCCGGAAUUUUUCCAAAGACUGUGUCGUAAUGACAAUAGUACUUUCAUAAAUUUAUACAUAUAAAUAAAUGUAAAAUCGCGGUUCUUUUUUUAGGUAAUUUGAUCCUUAUAAAAGCGAUUUAUUUAUAAAUCACCGGAAAUAAAUAAGACGUAAGACUUAACGAAGCCAAAAGAUGCUAAAAAGCAAAGUAAAAUCUUGUAAAAAAAUUCAAUACAUUUAUAAAAAUAGUUAUUGUUAAUAAAUAAAGGAAUUAAAUGACCAUACAAAUAAAUAGGGAUCAAAAGUCAUCACAUUGUAAAGAAUAACAAUGUUUUUUAUAUAAACAGAUCGUAAUUUUUAAAUUAUAAAUUAUUUACACUGCCAUAUGUAGAGUUAAUUAUAUGUCUGUCAUUAGACGCCAUUGUACAUCAGUAUUUAAUCCAUUAUUAUUUAUUGAUAUUUUUAAAAAACUUAAUUAGUAGAUAAUUACCGUAGCGAUAAUUUUUUCAACUUCCAAUAGUAAAAUUUUAAUUUUUCUAUUUUAUACUUACUAACUUUAAACUACUUUAACC